AUGUUAGAGGGAGGAAAAGUUUUAGUCACAAUCAAUGGUACUCUACAGAGACAAAUAAACACACAGGCUGGUAAAACACUUUAUAAAUGUUAUGUGUGUGCUAAAGAAUUCUCUCGAGAUAGUCACUUAAAGGCACACAUGAGAAUACAUACUGGUGAAAAACCUCAUAAAUGUGAUGCUUGUGCUAAACAUUUUUCUUUCAGUAGUCACUUAAAGGCACACAUGAGAAUACAUACUGGUGAAAAACCUCAUAAAUGUGAUGUCUGUGCUAGAGAAUUUACUCAAGGUAGUACCUUAAAGAGACAUAUGAAAACACAUACUAGAGAUAAACCUCAUCACUGUGAUGUAUGUGGUAAAGGGUUCAGUCAACCAGGUAAUUUACAGAUUCACAUGAGAAUACAUACAUAUUAUAAACCUUAUGACUUUGAUGGAUGUAGUAAAGGGUUUAGUGAUAUUGGUUGUUUGCAGAAACACAUCAAAACACAUACAGGUGAAAAACCUCAUCAUGCUCAUGCCUGUGAUGUAUGUGGUAAAGGGUUUUGGCAGCGUGGUGCUUUACAGAGACACAUGAGAACACAUACAGGCAAUAAACCAUAUAACUGUGAUGUAUGCGGUAAAGGUUUUAGUGAGCAAGGUAAUUUACAGCGUCACAUGAGAAUACAUACAGGAGAUAAACCUUAUGACUGUUGUGUAUGUGGUAAGGGGUUUAGUUAUCGAAGUAAUUUACAACGUCACAUGAGAACACAUACAGAUUAAAAACCUCAUUAGUGUGAUGUAUGUGGUAAAAGAUUUAGUCAGUAUGUGAUAAACAUGAUAAAUAUCGUGAAUGUGACGGACAAUGUACAAUGAUGUAUGUGGUUAGGGUUAAGUCGGCAUGGUGAAGAACAUGACAAAUAUCGUGAAUGUGACGGACAAUGUACAAUGAUGUAUGUGGUUAGGGUUAAGUCGGCAUGGUGAAGAACAUGAUAAAUAUCGUGAAUGUGACGGAAAAUGUACAAUGAUGUAUGUGGUUAGAGUUAAGUUGGCAUGGUGAAGAAUAUAGACACAUGAGAACACAAAUUUUACAUGAAUAUGAUCAUGAUGAUAUUUUGUAAAUGGUAUUUUUGGUUAAGAUUGUGUAUAAGUGCCUAACCCAUUGGAGGAGGCUGUAAUUAAGUGGUUGUUAUUUGUUUCUAUUCAUAUACAUUGUAUAUAAUAUUUGUUUUUCGUUUUGUAAUAGUCAGUAUAAUAUAAAAUCAGUAUGUAAGAUUUCUCA